AAUGUAGAAGAUGAAUAACAGCAGUGGGGAUGCGGGGCCUAGUCAAACCCAAGGUCAAUCUAUGGACCAACUAGGUGGCCAACAGAUGAAGCAGCAGCAACAACAGCAGCAAAGGGAAGCAUACGAAGAAGCUAAACAGACCUUAUUGCACAAUGCUCUAGACCAGAAUGCUUUGGCUAGGUACAACAGUCUUCUAUUAACGAAACCAGAGUACGCACAGAAGCUAGAACCCUUCAUUCUUAGAGCAGGCCAGUCAGGCCAGCAGAUAAGUGACGAUCAGUUCAAACAACUGCUUCAGCAAUUUAGUCAACAGGCCAAACCGAAGAGUUCAAAGGUCAAUUUCCAGAGAAGGAGAGUAGACUCAGAUGACGAUGAUGAUGAUUUCUAGAAAGGGAUGCGUAAAAAUUAAAUUGCCUCAUUUACUUACCACUCUUAUCUGUUUUGACUGUGUUUUGUACAUAGAAUUGAGAUCCAACUUGAUUAAUUUCAUAUCUAAUCAAUUGAUCAUUGAGCUGGAA